GAACAGCGUAUCAUCGCAUGGGAUUUACACUGGUUUCCGGUGUGCUAUUCACAGAUAGAGAGAAGAAGAGCACAUUUUAAAAAUUAGAACGGCUAUUUACGAAAAAUAAUCGACUUUGAAUCGUACUUAUUGCUCAGCUGAUUAGACAAGGGUUCUAAAACAAAGCGCACAAAUGUCGGAAGAUUUGGUGAAACAGUUGAGCAGCUACAAAGCUCAGCUACAGCAAGUAGAAGUUGCCUUAUCAACCGAUCCAGAUAAUGAAGACCUCCUAAAACUUCAGAAGGACUUGCAGGAAGUCAUCGAUCUGACUAAAGAUCUCCUGACUUCGCAACCCAUUGAUGGGGCUUCCAGCACCAGCGGCUCAGAGUCAGUGCCAGUGAAGAAAAGCUGGAAAGUGGGUGAACGAUGUUUGGCAACGUGGAGCCAGGAUGGCCAGGUGUAUGAAGCUGAGAUUGAGGAGUUAGACCGAGAGAAUGGCACUGCGGCCGUUACGUUCACAGAGUACGGGAAUGCUGAAGUGAUUCCUCUGCAGAACCUCAAAGUCGUGGAGGAAGGGAAACGAAAUGAGGAUGACGGAGGUUUAAAGUCAAAGUCAAGAAAAGAGCAAAUAGCGGAGCAGCGAGAGUAUAAGAAGAAGAAAGCUCAGAAAAAGGUACAGAGGAUGAAGGAGCUGGAGCAAGAGAGGGAGGAGCAGAAGUCUAAGUGGCAACAGUUCAACAACAAAGCUUACUCAAAGAACAAGAAAGGACAGGUAAAGAGAAGCAUAUUUGCAUCGCCAGAAAGUGUAAAUGGAAAGGUGGGAGUGGGAACAUGUGGCAUUGCAGACAAACCUAUGACCCAGUAUAAUGACACAUCCAAAUACAAUGUCAGACAUCUGAUGCCACAAUGACCUUGCACACUCUGUACAUAAUAAUCCACUGUAUACUAGUUGUAUCGGUGCUUUUUGUUGUCUUUCUACAUGAUUAAAGUCCCUCGUAUAAUGAAAGCUUUUAAAGGAACUGGUUGGACACCGGUGUUUAAAGUAUUGCUGUAGUUUUCUUGUAUAUUACGUAGACUCAACUAAAAGAUUCACAUGAGGGAUUUUUCCACCACUGGAACAAAGUCUCCUGUUGCGUAAGAACGUAUGUUAUGGAAAAAACUGUGGAGUUUGCUGUUUGUACUUAUUUUUGAGGCAAAAUCUCCUCUAAGAUGUGUUGAUUUGGAGUGUACAUUUGAUGCUGGAUUGUUCAAUUCUCAUCAAUAACAAUAAUAUCUGAUUAUUAAUUAUGUUGAGAAUUUGGAAUGACUAACUUGACAUUUUAAUUUCUGUACAUAUAUAUAAAAGCGGAAAAUAAACGUUAUGUUCUCG